AAAAUCCACUUGUUGAUAUAAGCUUGACUCGAUGUUCCUUGCUGUGGACUGUUCGGGAUGUGUGUCAAAGCCAUAUAAAAAUGUGGGCUAAUGAACAGUGAGGGGCUCAUUCACACCUGAAUCUCUAAUAUCAAAAUGAGGUGGUCAGUUUUUCAGCUUCUUCUUUGCACGGCCGUGGUUUCCGCUGUAAAAAAUUCAGACAGUCAUCAUGUGGACAAGCGUCAAGUGGUCAUUUACACAAGUAACAGCAAUUACAACUAUGCUCCGCAGUUUGCCCAGUCAACAUACAGCUUUACAAUGGGCGAUUGCACAGCUGGUGCACUAGUGGCCAUCCUGACAGCCACGAAUCCCGUCAACACGAAUCUGUUCAGCGGAAACGGUUAUUUUUACGGCAGCAAUGGGUACAACAAUGUCUUCGGCGUCAGUCUGGGCACCAACGGUAUCGCAUACGAUGCGGACGCUAACUUACCGCUGACCUCCACCAACGUGGCGGUUAAUUAUCAGACCGGGCAGAUCAAUCUUGCCACCACGAUCUACCAGAGUUUCACCUUUAAUUACCGGGCCAUUAACAGCUACGGUGCCACGGUCGUGCCGGUGACCAUCGCCUGCAACGCCACCCAACAGGCACUGAAUGCCAUUAAUACGGUGUGCUUCAAUAAUGUCUGCUUCAGUAACAGCAGCGGGACGAUUAAUACCGCCAGCGGGACGAAUAUUGCCCGUGCGAUAUGUUUUGAUGGGGUUUGUUACGGCGGGUCAUCGUCCUCCAGCAGCUCUUCACAGAGCGGAAGCUUUUCAACGGGAUACACCUGCACGACCAGUACGUGUACUUCCGGUGCGGCGGUGUGUACGGUGUCAAGUUCGGGGGCUAACACGUAUGGAAUCACAAGUGGAAGCGGCGGAUUCACCGUCAGUUCUGCAGGGGCCAUCACACUGACUAGCGGUUUGAGUGCCGGAACAUAUUCGAUAGUCGUAGCCGCGUACAACUCCAGCGGCAGUACCACGACGACGAGCACUACCACGGUUGGUAUUACGGUCAGCUGUGCGACGAGCUCAAGUUCCUCCAGCUCUACCAGUUCCGGCUCGUUUUACAUCAACAGUACAUGCCUGUACGGCAACUGCAUUUUCAACUAUACAUCACCGUCAUUCAGCCAGUCAGUGUACUCGUUCACCCAGUCCAAUUGCUCCGGCGGUCAGACUAUCGGCACCGUCAUGGCCAGCAACGCCGCCGGAUAUUUCAUAGAAACCGGCGCCUGGUCUAACUACUUUAUCAUAAACUCCGCCACGGGUGUCAUCACUAGUGUGGGCACUGUACCGACCGGCACGAUCGCCACCCUGACAGUGACGGCAUACAACAACAACGGCGUGUCGACCAGUGUGCCGGUGUCGAUCAAUUAUUCGACAUGCUCGUCAACGGCCAGCACCACCACAACGACCACAGCGGCAUCGGCAUCCACCGCGACCACAACUGCCGGUUCGUUCAGCUUCACGCCGACCUUCGGGCAGACAUCGUACAAUUUCUCCCUGGCUUCGUGUACCGCCAACACCGUCAUCGGGCAGGUGACCGCCUCCGGGGCGACAACGUUCAGCAUUGCCGGGCCUAAUAAUUUAUUCACCAUCUCCUCCAGCGGAUUGAUUUCCACACUGAAUGCCCCGCCGGCCGGGACAUACUACACCUCCGUGACGGCCACCAACGCCACAACGGGCGCAUCCACUUCCGUCCCGGUUAUCAUUACGGUAACAUGCGGUGGCAGUAGUACCACGACCUUUACCUUCGCGUCCACCGUGCCCACGACAGUCACCACGUGCACGGCAGGAUCAACACUGGGCACGGUAACGGCGACUAAUGCGGUGGCGUACGGUAUUGACGGGGGCAGUACACUGUUCACCAUCAACUCGACAACGGGACAGUUGUCACUACUGACUGCGAUAACCUCGGGGACGUACACGAUUCCGGUUAGGGCGUUCGGCACGACGGGGACGGCCGUUCAGAAUGUUGUUGUUACGUUCAGCUGCUAGAAUGUAGUGGAGACUGGUUUGCAAAGCUGUAUAAAUAUUUUUUAUGAUCGAUGUAUGUAUGUGAAUUGUUGAUGUUGAAACUGGAUAAACAGAUGACUUGUAAAGACU